CGAAGCCCAAGUGACUUGGAACUCCAAGCUCAGAUUCCAGCACGCCAUCUUGCCUUUUCACAGAGGUCGUAAAGCCGAUGGAGGAGACCCGCCCGACGAAGCGCUUCAUCGUGCGCCGCCACACGCACAUGCCGCCGGACGAGAUCAUUGAUGACCACCCGCACUUUGCCAUGCACACGGACCACGUGCACCACGUGUGGUGCCCGCGCCACAACCACUACUACGACGACCGCACCAAGCUGGCCGUCGAGAGCCCGGGCGAUUUGUCGGGCAUUCGCGAUUUCAUCGCCGGGUCGUUCGCCGGCGUCUCGUCCACCGUCGUGGGUCACCCGUUUGACACGGUCAAGGUGCGGCUGCAAAUGCACUGCCCGCUCUCGUCGUCCUUCAAGGGCCCGCUCGACUGUGUCAUGCAGACAAUCAACAAGGAGGGCUUCCUCGGGCUCUACCGCGGCAUGGUCUCGCCUAUGACGACGGUGCCGCUCGUCAAUGCCGUCGUCUUUAGCACGUACGAGAGCGCCAAGUCGUUCUUGCUCAACCGCCGAGAAAAUCACAACGGCGUGCUCACCAACAACGAAGCGAUGCUUGCCGGGGCGUGGGCGGGUUUGAUGAACUCGGUGGUCGUCACACCUGUCGAGCUCGUCAAGUGCCACUUGCAGGCGCAGGGUGAAGCCAUUGCGACGCACGCAAACGAAAUCAAGUUCAACGGCACGAUGGACUGCGUCAAGAAGAUCGUCGAGAUCGACGGCAUCCGGGGCCUCUGGCGCGGCCAGGUCGCGACCAUGUACCGCGAAGUGCCCAGCUACAUUGGGCAGUUUGGCACCUACGAGCUGCUGCAACAAGUCUUUACGAGCCAGAUGGAGGGAGUCGACGGCAAGCCGAGUGCUACAACAACGCUCUUGGCCGGCGGCUUUGCAGGUUGCGUGUGCUGGACCGUGAGCUACCCUCAGGAUGUGGUCAAGUCUCGCCUUCAGCUGCAGCCGCUGGGCCACCCUCCGCUGUACGCGGCCUCGCGCUGGCUCCCAGACGGUGGCUGGUGGAACUGCUUCCGCACGAUCAUCAAGGAAGAAGGCCCGCGCGCGCUCUGGAAGGGCUACUCCCCGUGCCUCAUCCGAGCCUUUCCCGCCAACGCCGCAGGCUUCUUCACGUACGAGAUGGUCCGGUCCGUCUUGUUUGAAGAGCAAGCCGAGCUCCUCCCGAUGCAUUAGAUUUCGAGUAAUAAACUCCACGAUAGAGGUGUGCCAGUAUCA